AUGCGUCAUAUUAUUAGACCAAAAUCAUAAUAAUAAAAAGUGUUAACAAAUUCUUCAAAUACUUAAUAUGGUUCUCAAAAUUAAGGAAAGUUUAAUUUAUCUAAUAAAUAUGAAAAUUUAUUAGAUUAAUUGAAGGUUCGAUAAAAUUAAGAAAUGAUAGAUGUAUUAAUUAAAUUAUAUUCUAAAGGUCUUAGAAGAGGAGUAAUAAUUAGAAUUUGAAAGAGAAUAAGCUAUGGCUAAUGCAAAAAAUCCUGAAGAAUAAAAGAGACUUGAAAAACUAUUUCAGAUAGAAAGAAAUAAAACUAACUAAAGAUUAGAGUAAAUUAAGAGGUAAUUAUUUGAUGAUAAACAUUAGAGAGCAUUAAAGAUAAUAGGAGGAAUUUAGAAAUUAAAGCUGA